CGCCGAGUAGCCAACGAAACGCAUUCAAUUCGAUCGAAAUCGUGUUCGCCGACAGAUAGUUGCUGGCAGUCGCAGUCUAUAGUCGUCGCGUCAACAUUCGUUCCAAGUUCGCCCGGAUUCUGGAAUCGACAUAUCAACCGCGUGCUCCGGUCGACCCUCAGCGCGGUGCGGUGGUGAAGCGUGAGUGUUUAUGUGCGAUCCAACUGAUCGAAUGACUCCCUCGAACCAAUUAGCCAAUUCCGCGAUGUGUUUAUGCGAAGUAUCGUGCGGCUUAUGUAAUGCAGUGAGGUGUGAUAAAAUAACAAAAUCCUAAGAUACGUGUGAAAGGAUGUUCAAGAAGACAGUGGAUUGUGAUCGCAAGUGCAAGAAAGUACACGCCAGAGAAAAUGCGUGAGAAUUUUAUUAUCCUUGUGGGUGCGGCUUGUGCUCUGAUCUGCCUUCAAGCUGUUCGUUCGGAUUUGAAUGAAGUGGACGAUGUGGAUUACGACGAGGAAGGAUUUUGGAUCGGUCACGGCCUGGGAAGCAGAAAGGAUGGUGACGAAAUUCUGAAAAUCAUGUACAAAACGGUUGGUCCAUUCAGCGAGCCUCAGAAUGUCACAGUCGUGGAGAAGUUCAAUGCAGGCGAGGGAGAGAGCAUCACCUUUACACAAUUCAAUUCAUCAAGGGUACUCACUUACUUCCGAGAAAUGGUUCUGGACUUCAACCCAAAGAACAUCUACAUCAAGUUGAAUCUGUACAACAUCACGAAUCUGAGGCUACAGCGAACAGUAUACGGCUAUCGAUCGAAUGCCGUGAAAAGGAGGAAUGCGCUUUAGAUCAUAUUUUAUCGGUAGUGUAAUGAACUAGAAGUCUAAGAAGAAAAUUGUAAAUUUUGUUUAAGUUAUUGUUAUUUUCAUAAUAUUAGGAACUCAUUCCAUAGAUCGAACCGUUUUUGAAAAACGAAUCACCACACUGGACCUGUUAUACCAAAAACUGCUAUACGUUUUGAAUGUUUUUGUUUUAUUUAGAAUAGACGAAGCACGUACGUUACAAAAGUACUGCAAGACCAACAGUAUUUCAUAAUAUUUACUCAAACCAUAAAUGACGGUACUGUACUGUACAAAAGGCCCCUCGGCUUACAUAGCAGUUAAAUAUACCUCACCACGAGUAUCCCCACUAAAAUGAAAUAUGCAAUCAGAGACGAUAAUUGAUAACCGCUUAUAGAUAUUAUGUCGUAUAUAUACUUGUACAGACCAUUAAUAACAGCCGUGACAAAUCCCAUUGAAAGUAAGAGUUACGAAAAUUAUCGUGCACAGGUAAAGCCGAUUAUGUCAGUCAUUUGCCUAAUGACCCAACACAAUAAGCUAAGUGAAUAUCCGAACACAUAACUGAAUAUCAUUGAUCGACAAUUAUUCAAGUGGAUGACAAUUGACGAGCGAGUACGUUCGACGGAAAGGUGCUAAGUCCCAAUGCAAAUAUACGAAUGUACCCACCAAUAA